ACAACUUAGAAACCGGACUACAAAAGAAUUCAUUAUGAGUCCCAUUCCUUAAUGAUUUUUCAAUGAUUGAACAUUUAUCACUAAUUUGUUAUCUUUGGGUUAACCCUCAUUAAAUACUACUAAUACUAAAUGGUAAGAAUGUUGCCUAAUUCAUAUAUAUUUACGUAUUUCAUGUUUAUCUAAAUUUAGUUUAUAGUAGUCGGUGACAUCGUCGUUUUUACAGUGGAAAAUUAAGCAACAUGAAGACUAUCAUUUUUGAAUGUGUGAUUUUUUUGAGUGUAGGAUUUACGAUAUGUGCCCCCAAUUUAGUGUUAACGACAGAUGCUACGCCUCCAAAGACACAAAAUGAACAGAAAGAGGGAACUGAGAAACCACCAGAUCUUAUUAUUUAUGACUUUGGAGUCAAAUCAAACAUUUCUAAUAGAUAUGCGACCACAGUUAUUACGAGUAAAGUAAAAAAUCCAGAUGCUAAUUCAAAAGAAGCCGUUUUUUCCGUUGUUUUACCAGAAAAUGCAUAUAUUUCUGAAUUUGUUAUGGAAAUCACAGGCAAAAAAUACAAGGCAUAUGUCAAAGAAAAGGAAGAGGCGAAGAAUAUCUAUAAUAAGGCGGUGCAAAGUGGUCAAAGCGCAGGUUAUGUAGCAGUAAGUGCUAGAGACUCUAAUAGAUUUACUGUAUCUGUCAAUGUAGAACCAGAAACCAAAGCAAUAUUUUAUCUUACUUACGAAGAACUCUUACAGAGAAAAAAUAAUAAAUACGAACUGGUGUUGAAUAUUCACCCUGGACAAAUAGUGAAGGAUUUACAUGUAGAGGUUAUCGUUAACGAAACGAGGCCUUUGAAAUUCGUAAAAACUCCAUCGCUGCGUUCUGGAAACGAAAUAGGCAAAAACGACGAAACGUUAGAUCCAGCUUCAGUAGUAAAUAUUAUAAAUUCAACUAGUGCAGUUGUAACCUUUAAACCUGAUAUAGAAAAACAGAAGAAUUUCAUUAAAACUCUUGGCGGUAAAGAAAAUGAGGGUUUAACUGGACAGUUUAUUGUUCAAUACGACGUUGAAAGAGAUCCAUCUGGCGGUGAAGUAUUACUUAACGAUGGUUAUUUUGUCCACUUUUUCGCACCAGAAAAUAUAAAACCUCUAACGGAACACAUCGUUUUCAUCUUGGAUACAAGUGGCAGCAUGUAUGGUCAGAAAUUAAAACAGUUGAAAGAUGCAAUGGCGAGUAUUUUAAGCCAACUGAAAGAUGAUGAUACUUUCCAUAUUAUUGAAUUUAAUACGUUUGUUUAUGUAUGGGAUAUAAAUAAUAAAGAAAAAAUUAAAGUCAACAUUACCGAUGACGAUAAACCUUUCGAAGAUGUAUUGAAAGCUGUACUUCCACCCGCAAUUCAAGCUACAAAAGAAAAUAUAGUGAAAGGAAAAGAGGUAAUAGAGAAACUUCAGGACGAAGGUAUAACAAAUAUGCUUUCUAGUUUAAUAACUGGUCUACAUUUAGCAAAAUAUACUUAUAAAAAUGAGACUGAAAAGACGCAUCAUCAACCCAUUGUCAUCUUUUUGACAGACGGAGAUCCAACCGCUGGCAUCAUUAAUACAGAUGAAAUUACAAAUAUCACAACAGACUACAACUCCGGAGACAUUAAAGUUCCACUGUUUUCACUGUCUUUUGGUGAUGAAGCAGACAAGAACUUUCUGAGAAAAUUAUCUCUGAACAAUUUGGGAUUUUCGAGGCAUAUCUACGAAGCCGCUGAUGCCUCACUGCAACUACAGGAAUUCUAUAAAGAAAUUUCUUCUCCUUUGUUAGCCAACGUCCAUUUCAAAUAUGAUUCUGAUGUAAAGGCAGUUUCCAAGAAAGAUUUCCCAAUUUUCUUCAGAGGGUCGGAAUUGGUAACUGUAGGAAAAUAUGAAGGAGCAUUCAGUGGUACAGUUGAAGGUUCUGGAAUUGACGGAUCCAUCUCAGUGCCAACCAAAGUCGAAACACCAGUGUCUUCUCUUGAACGCCUUUGGGCAUAUCUUACAGUAAAACAGAAGCUUGAAGAAAGGGAAACAGUCGCAAAUAAAACACAACUUACAAAGGAGGCUUUGGAUCUUGCUCUAAAGUACUCUUUUGUCACUGAUGUCAGUUCUCUGGUGGUGGUGAAACCCAAUGACACAAGCUCUGUUAAUACUGUAGAUGCAUCAAAGUCAGUAGACACUCCGGGGGUUUCAGUUGUAGGUCUACGCUUCACCUUCGAGGAUGUGGAUUAUGAUGAUGGAGGUUAUAUGGGAUCCCUUGAAAGUUUUUCGACUUCAAUACCUCAAGCACUUACCGACGAUGAUGAUCCUAAUGAUAUAUUUACCGCUUUACCUUGGUUAAAUGGAACUUUGACUGCAAAUAAGACACUUACAAUAUCAGGACGGUCUUACAAAAUCGACAGUAUUAAAGGAAUACCAUCUGUAGACUGCCCUGUGACACCAUUAAAUAACAAUAAAACUGGAGAUUGUGUAUUACUUAAGGAAUGUCCAGGAGUAUUAGCAUUUUUACCAACAUUUAAAGAUUACGAGAAAUAUUUCUGUUCUUUAGAUAACAACAAAUAUGCUGGAGUGUGCUGUCCAAAACUAGUGCUUAGUUAAAUAGAUCUCUUUUUAGGUUUCAAAAAAUAAGUGGGAAAAGGAAAAAAACUCAUUGGAGUUAAUUAAUUAAAAAUAACUAGGAAACUUUAUUAGAUUUUGCUCUAUUCAAAGCAGCACCAAAACGUUGUGAUUGGUUUUUGACAAUAAUUUAAAUUUAAAUUUCAACAGUUAUUAUUACCACUUCGGGUCAGUCAAUAGAUUUAUUUUAGUUGUAUAUUAAAAAUAAGACACAAAAGUGUAAAUUAUAUUAAAUAAUGUAAGACGAACCAUUUUAAAAUAGUAUAA